AUGUACACGGGUCGGUUUCACGUGCUUGUGAUCGUGGGAAUGGAAGGCUGCAUUGUUCUGACAUGGUCAUUGGUAUCGAUUGCAGCCAUGGUGCUUACCCCAACCACAUCGAUUGCUGCAAAAACAGUAAGGUAUGUGGUCGUCGUGCUGUGGAUUCUGGUGCCCGUCGCCAUCUUGGUGUACCUAGUCAUGCUCGUGUGGUCGGCGUGUGCGUCAUACUCCCCCAUCCAACGACAUCCAGAACUCAAUCGCCAUUGGAACGAUCCCAACUACAUGGCAGAUUAA